GCGUGUCAAUCUCAAGAGCUGGUCUUUGGUCGUUUUUAUCCCCUUUUUGUUGUUUGUUCAUCGUUCAGGCCUGGUGCCAUACCCAUACCACUUACUACUCACUCACUAAUAAUUGUCCCCAUUCCGUCACCUCCAACACCAAAUACAGAAAAAACCCCCAAUACAUACCAAAUACUACUGUUCUACAAGUCGCCGGUCGACUUCACCAGAAAUCUAAUUACCAGCUCUUGCUUGCUCAGCACGAUUUCCCCCGAAAUAUCACGAUUUUGCGACCAACGAUAAUCGCGAUUUUCGACCCAUAUACGAAACCAUAAAUCACUCCACGAUCACGAAUCAAUCGACAUAAUGGCCGCUAUCCAGCUUAACUUCACCCUCCGCACUUCCGCCAAUGUCAAGACCGUACAUUUGCUCGGUUCUUGGGACAACUACAAUGGCCAGCUUCCGCUUUCCAAGGACUCCUCCAAGGCCGGAGGCUGGAAGGGCACCUUUCGCUUCCAAGGGCAGACACUCAAGCAGGGCCAGCGCUACUGGUACUACUACAUCAUUGAUGGCUACCACGUCUCUCACGACCCAGCCCGCGAGUCCGUCACUGAGCCGACCACAGGCCGCAAACUGAACACUCUGGACAUUCCCAACAGCAAGAGCGCCGAGACAACCACAACCCGCUCGUCAAAGGAGGCCCGUCAAUCGUCACGCCAUGCACGUCACUCGUCCUCGGGUGUACCCAAGGGUCGGCCACUGGACAAGUCGCAAAUCAUCAGUCCAAAGCCCUACAAGCCCCAAGAGUCCCUCAAAGUCCGCACCGAGCAAUUCGUGCACCCAACUCUCGAGCAACUUACUGCAAAGUUCGCCCGCCAACAAGUCGCUGACGAGUCCAGCGAGGAAGAGAGCUCAGACAGCGACAACGAGUCUGAUGUGCCAUCUCUCAGCUCUCGCAGCUCUCGCAGCUCAGGUGGAUCUUCCGUUCGUUCGGGCGCCUCUUCGCCAUCUUCGGUGUCCAGCACCAGCAGCUGCUGCUCUUGCGAACGCUACGGCAUUACUCGAUCUGGCAAUCGUGUCAAGUUGGACUGUGGCGGUGCUCGCUGCGGAUACUCUGAUGGUUCGGAAUGUUCUUCCGAGUCGGAAGAUGAUCGACACUACAAGACUGGCGCUACACGGAGACAUGGUAUCGUCGUUCGUCAGUAGAUGUCUUCUUGUUUCUAUUCUGCAAGCCUUUUGACGAUGAUGAUGACAAUAAUGACGGCCGAUACACAUCGAGCGCGGGUGCGCAUCACAUCACCGUACACACACACUGGAUAUUGCUCCAGCCAUUAUUCCUUCCUUGAUCGAGAGCGAGUUGUUGGUUUUUCAGCAAAAAGGAAGUUUCAUUGCCUGCCUACCUCCUACCUUGUCGGACCCGUGGGCAUUCAUCUGUUUAGCUAGUCUAGCAGCAUGAUAUACAUUGCCGCGCCGAUCCUGGGGGCGACUUCUUUCGAAACCUUUCAAGUUGUCUGCGCGCUUCUUCUUAUCGUCACAACAAUCAGGCUCUCUUGACUGACGUUGACGAUGGAAAGGCGACCCGCGGACGCCAAUUUAUUUGAUAAUACGAAACCGCACUUUGCAGAGUUCUUUGCAUUGCCAGACGGUUGUUAUGGAAGAAGUGGAGAAGAGAUGAGGGAGAGGAACGACUGAUGGGGAGGUCUGGCAGUACAGGCCCGUCAGUUGCCGGAUGAGAUGUCGAGGAGAGGAGAGAGAAGUGGGGGGUGGUCAGCGAUGUAGCCGCGUAGUUCUGUGCUCCCUCUAGACAGAAUAGUCAACUAUCUCUGGCUUAUAUGCUGAUCACUCGAACGAUA